AUCACACACUGCAAAACACAGCCGCUUUUAUAAACUCUUUAAUACUUUAGAUUUUUUCUCUCUCUCUCUCUAAAUUUCUGUCCAAUUUUUGUAUCAAUGGCGGGUAAAGGCGAAGGUCCGGCGAUCGGGAUCGAUUUGGGUACCACCUAUUCGUGUGUCGGAGUUUGGCAGCACGACCGUGUCGAGAUUAUAGCUAACGAUCAAGGAAACCGAACCACGCCGUCCUACGUGGCGUUCACCGACAGCGAGCGGCUCAUCGGAGAUGCCGCCAAGAACCAGGUCGCCAUGAACCCAAUCAACACCGUCUUCGAUGCGAAGCGGUUGAUUGGACGUAGGUUCAGUGACCCAUCGGUUCAGGCUGACAUGAAACAUUGGCCGUUCAAGGUUAUUCCCGGGCCAGCUGAGAAGCCGAUGAUUGAGGUUGCCUACAAGGGCGAGCAGAAACAGUUUGCCGCUGAAGAAAUUUCCUCCAUGGUGCUGAUUAAGAUGAGGGAAAUAGCUGAGGCAUAUCUUGGAAAGACAAUUAAGAACGCCGUCGUCACAGUACCUGCCUACUUCAACGACUCGCAAAGACAGGCGACAAAGGAUGCUGGAGUGAUCGCCGGGCUUAAUGUGUUGAGGAUCAUCAACGAGCCAACUGCUGCCGCCAUUGCGUACGGUCUGGACAAGAAAGCCACCAGCGUUGGAGAGAAGAACGUGCUGAUCUUCGAUCUUGGUGGCGGUACCUUCGAUGUGUCUCUUUUGACAAUCGAAGAGGGUAUCUUUGAGGUGAAGGCCACUGCUGGUGACACUCAUCUUGGAGGGGAGGACUUUGAUAACAGAAUGGUGAACCAUUUUGUUCAGGAGUUUAAGAGGAAGAACAAAAAGGAUAUCAGUGGGAAUCCACGUGCUCUUAGGAGGUUGAGAACUGCUUGUGAGAGGGCGAAGAGGACCCUCUCUUCAACAGCCCAGACGACAAUCGAGAUUGAUUCUUUGUUUGAGGGUAUAGAUUUCUAUACAACCAUUACUCGUGCUAGGUUUGAGGAGCUGAACAUGGAUUUGUUCAGGAAGUGCAUGGAGCCGGUGGAGAAGUGUUUGAGGGAUUCGAAGAUGGACAAGAGCAGCAUUGAUGACGUUGUCCUUGUCGGUGGAUCGACUAGGAUUCCGAAGGUGCAGCAGCUGUUGCAAGACUUCUUCAACGGGAAGGAGCUCUGCAAGAGCAUCAACCCUGAUGAAGCAGUUGCUUACGGUGCUGCUGUGCAGGCUGCAAUUUUGAGCGGUGAAGGCAAUGAGAAGGUGCAGGACCUUCUUCUUUUGGAUGUCACUCCCUUGUCUCUUGGUCUCGAGACUGCUGGAGGUGUGAUGACUGUGUUGAUUCCGAGGAACACAACUAUCCCGACAAAGAAGGAGCAGGUGUUCUCCACUUAUUCGGACAACCAGCCUGGAGUUUUGAUCCAAGUUUAUGAAGGUGAAAGAGCAAGGACUAAAGACAACAAUCUGUUGGGGAAAUUCGAGCUUUCCGGAAUCCCACCGGCUCCGAGGGGUGUCCCACAAAUCACCGUCUGCUUUGACCUCGAUGCAAACGGUAUCCUCAAUGUGUCGGCAGAGGACAAGACCACCGGCCAGAAGAAUAAAAUUACAAUCACGAACGACAAGGGCAGACUCUCGAAGGACGAAAUCGAGAAGAUGGUUCAGGAAGCCGAGAAAUACAAGUCCGAGGAUGAGGAGCAUAAGAAGAAGGUUGAGUCGAAGAAUGCACUGGAGAACUACGCCUACAACAUGAGGAACACCAUUAAGGACGAGAAGAUUGCGUCGAAGCUUGGUGCGGAUGACAAGAAGAAGGUGGAGGAUGCUAUCGAGGGAGCUAUUCAGUGGUUGGAUGCCAAUCAGCUUGGUGAGGCCGACGAAUUCGAAGACAAGAUGAAGGAGCUUGAGGGCAUUUGCAACCCCAUUAUUGCGAAGAUGUACCAGGGCUCUGGCGGUCCUGACAUGGCUGGCGGCAUGGAUGAAGAUGGCCCCCCGUCUGCUGCCGGUGGCAGCAGCGGCCCUGGCCCCAAGAUUGAAGAAGUCGACUAAGAAGUUAGUCUUUUUGGUUGGUUAUUAGGCAUCGAGAAAUUCGGUGCCAUUACUGUUUUUGUUUUUUUUGCAUUUCUUUUCCUAAAAACUACUGUUUUGAUUUUUUGAACUUUAAUCUUAGUUUUAAUUAGUAGCUGCAUCUGUUGGUUUUUUUUGAAGUUGAAUGAAUUUUUAUCGAGCAUAAUUAAUAUUUGUGGUGAUUAGUUACUUUGA